UCAUUUAGUAGUAAUGAGCUAAAAUAUAUUUGAGAGAGUUAAUUGAAUCCGAACUCGAGGAGAAGCAAUGGCGUCGAGAAAAGGAGGUAGCGCCGGCGAAGGGGUGAGAUCGUUGGAGUUGGAGAAGAUGAGUGUCGAGCAGCUAAAAGCCUUCAAGGAACAGACUGAUAUGGAAGUCAAUCUCCUUCACGAUAGCCUCAACAACAUUCGCACAGCCACUUCUCGCCUCGACAUUGCCACCGCUGUGCUUCACGACCUCUCGCUCCGCCCUCAAGGCAAGAAGAUGUUGGUGCCUCUUACUGCUUCGCUUUAUGUUCCUGGAACGCUCGAUGAUGCCGAUAAGGUCUCGGUGGAUGUAGGCACUGGAUACUUCAUUGAGAAAACAAUGGCAGAAGGAAAAGAUUACUGUGAUCCAAAGAUCAAAUUGCUGAGGUCGAAUUUUGACCAACUAAUCGAGAUUGCUACUAAAAAGAAAAAAGUAGCAGAUGAAGCUGGGGUGAUCUUACAAGCAAAGCUGAAGCAGAUGGCUGCUACAACAUAGGAGAAUGUAUGACCAUAUAAUAUGUAAGGGUCAAGUAAUUGCUGGCCUGAACGUGUAACUUUGAUGUAGGGGUCGACUUUUCUGGACGUGGAUUUAGGAAAGAGGAAACUCUGGAGCAAAGAAUCAGACGCUUCUUCUAUAGCUUGGUGAGCUCUCUUUAAACAAACUCUGUUGAAGGUAAAACUAAUGUCGUAUUUGUCGGUUUUGCGAUGCCGAAAAUGGAAGUCUUCCCCAAAAUUGACCAACAGAAUGUUUUUCAUGCUUAAUUGAUAAUUACUCGUGGAAAUUCUGUAGACAAGGCCCUGUGCAACAUGAAAAUUGCAAGCAUUAGUUACGAGUUCGACGUAUAAGAGGUUAGUUUAGACAAUGCAUGCAUCUAUAGCUACUCUUUUUAAGUAUUUUUUUCAAAUGAAAUGUGAGCAAAUUUUGUUCUUGCAACCUGAGUUUACUGAUGAUGGGCAAGUUUUUCCCAUUGAUUAGACAAGUUAAGUUGAGCCAA